AUGUCUAACGUCGGUAACGUAGAAAACGUUGGUAACGGUAACGUCGGUGAAACUACAAAAAGUUCUCGACAAUUUAAACCCACUGCAGAAAGAAGAUAUAAUGCUACUUCAGACAAAGUUUGGCUUUUAGAAUGCAUUCUGGAAGAACGUAAAAAAUCAGAAAUCGCGUGGGAAUUAAUCUCUGUUAUUGUUUAUUCUAUAACAGUUGGUGUUAUUGCUCACAUAAAUGCGCUAUACUUUAAAAGUGAUGAAUCAACCAAAUAUUUUGUUGUAAUUUUACAUGGUGUUUAUUAUGCAAUUAAAUUUUCAAUUAUGGGAAUAAAGUUAGAACGAGAUGGAUUAAUUCACAAUAAAGUCAAUGAUAUUAUUAUUCUUUUACCAACAAUUAUAGGCAUAUUACUGGCAGUGCUAUUAGGAGUUUAUAUAUUACCAUCUGUUAUAACAAUUACGUUCGUAAAUGUUGGUUUAGAAAUUUCGAAGUUCAUUAUGAAAGUUAAGGCUUGUAAUGCAAUGUAA